UCAUGCUGCUGCCAGGUCCAGAGUCUCUCAUGGGUCCCUGUACGGCCUCCCAUUGCUGCUGUCUCCAUCGCCACACUCUGCCAUGUGCCACUUUCAGGUCUCCUCACACUGCUGGUGUGUUCCAUUUUUUGUCAUAGGGUGCUGGCAGAUUACGGGCCUCCCAUAGCUGCUGCCAGGCCCCUAAUCUGCCAUGGGCCCCUAUACCGCCUCCUCAUGCUGCUGCCAGGUCCAGAGUCUCUCAUGGGUCCCUGUACGGCCUCCCAUUGCUGCUGUUUCCAUCGCCACACUCUGCCAUGUGCCACUUUCAGGUCUCCUCACACUGCUGGUGGGUUCCAUUUUUUG